ACACUCCGGCCUAUCACUUGGGCAGCUAUUCCGCCAUCAAGAGCAAGGUGACUCUGCCCUGGAAACCCUUAUAUCAGGAAAUCCCAGUUUUACACAGGAGUGAAAUCAGAGAAGGAGGAGCCAUGAGAACGUUCAUUGUCGGAAUUGGUGGUGUGACAAAUGGUGGGAAAACAACACUUGCUAACAAGCUACUGAAAAUACUUCCUAAUUGCAGUGUAAUCAGCCAGGAUGACUACUUUAAGCCAGAGGCAGAAGUUGCAACAGAUGAAAGGGGAUUUAAACAGUUUGAUGUACUUGAAGCCUUGGAAAUGGAAUCUAUGAUGUCGACUAUACUUUCUUGGAUUACACAGCAUAAUGAAAUUGUGGUUGUAAGUGAGGACUCAAAUGUGCCAGAUAAAGGAGAAAACACAAUACACUUUUUAAUAGUUGAAGGUUUUCUUCUGUAUCAGUACAAGAACUUGGACAAAUUGUUUAAUAGAAGAUAUUUUCUAACUGUUCCAUAUGAGGAAUGUAAGAGACGAAGGAGCACACGGGUGUAUGAACCUCCUGAUCCUCCAGGAUAUUUUGACGGACAUGUAUGGCCCAUGUACAUAAAGCACAAGGAAGAAAUGGAUAAAGUUCAAAAGGAAAUAGUUUUCUUAGAUGGUACAGAACCAAAAGAAGAAAUUCUAUCUGUUGUUUAUUCCGAUAUUAUGAGAUGUUCAUCAGUGUACAACCUGAGGAGUUUUUAAGAGACUGAAGGUCUGUAUAAUGUAAGGAGCAAAACGCACAAGUCACGUGUAAACUUUUAUACAAGAAGGUGCAAAGUUUUCAGUUACUCUUGAAGCAAGUCAUAACAGAAUAAGAGACAAUGACACCAUCAGUGUGUUAACAUUAUAUAAUAUGCUAUGCAACACUAAGUAACAUGUAACCCAUGCUUUACACAAAUAGGGUUAUCAAUUACCAAUGUAUGCAAUAGUAUAAUAAAGUAUAAAUGACAAUAAAA